AUGGGGAAGAAGGCAGCUGUGGAGGAAGGGAAGAAGAAGAAGAAGAAAGGCCGGCCUUCCCUCUUAGAUCUCCAGAAGCGCAACCUACUCCAACAAGAACAGCAACAGCUACAGAAGCCCAAGCAUCGAAAUCCCAAUUCCUCCCCUGCUCCUUCUUCCCGUGUUCACGACUCUUCCCUCCUCCGCCGAUCAGCCCGUCGCUCCAAUCCGGCGGCCAGCGCUCAAGCAGACAACGACGGCCACGACCAAUUGGGUCCUGCAAAGAAGCCCAAGCUAACCGAUGCCAAUUCCUUGGACACCGGCCCAGCCGAUUCCGGCAGCGGCGGCGAUUCCUCCCCAGCCGCCAAUCACAAGAAGAGGAAAAUUAAUGCAAUCCCUUCCAGAUCUGGAAUCCCGCUCUCCCAAAAGUCAGACAAGUCUACUUCUGACGCCAAUCAAGCAGAUGAUGUCCAAGAAUCUGUCCCCUGCACUCCUCUACCUGACAAAAAGUUACUCUUCUUCAUCCUUGAGAGGCUGCAGAGCAAGGAUACAUAUGGUGCAUUCUCGGAGCCUGUGGACACAGAAGAGCUUCCAGAUUACCAUGAACUCAUUGAUAAUCCAAUGGAUUUUCGUACAGUUACUGAGAAACUUACUGAAGGAGUUUAUGCCAGCUUGGAACAGUUUGAGAAAGAUAUUUUCUUAAUUUGUUCGAACGCAAUGGAGUAUAAUGCCCCCGAUACAAUAUACUUUCGACAGGCACGAGCCAUUGAAGAACUGGCUAAAAAGAAUUUUGAGAACUUAAGGCAGGAUAGUGAUGAUAAUGAACCAGCAACACAUAAAGUGGCAGCAAGGAGAGGUAGACCACCAACCAAGAACGUCAAGAAAAAGCCUGGUCGUCCUGCUCAGGGACAACGUGCUUCUGAGCUUUCAUCAAUCAAUACAACUUCUUCUACUGCUGACAAAGAAGGUGCCAUUCGGUUAAAUUCUGCUGAUCUCAGGAACUUUGGCUUUUCUAAUGGUUCUGGCAAUGAUGCGGGUGAGAACAAGCUAUUAGAUAGGAAUAAUGAAGCCACAGGUUUUUUUCUUAGAGGUAAUUCUAAUUCACUGAAGAAUGGUAAAAAACUGCUUGUGUUGGAUGAGAAUAGGCGCGAUACGUACAUGCAAUUCCUUGAAUCAACUAAUGGACGAGAGCCAUCAGUGCUGGCUACUUUUCAUUCAGAGAGGAGGCAACUAGUAGCAGUAGGGCUUCUUACAGAGUAUGGUUAUGGAAGAAGCCUUGCACGAUUUGCUGCAAAUGCUGGACCUGUUGUUUGGAGAAUUGCAUCAGCUAAGAUACAGAGGUCUUUGCCACCAGGGGUCCAGUUUGGGCCCGGAUGGGUUGGAGAAAAUGAUAUCCCUCAACGAAGGCCGGUGUUUCCUUUUCCAUCGUCAUCUUCAGUUCUUCCAUCACCGCUGAAGCCUUGCUCUCCUCUCCCAGCUUCUGGCUCCGUAUCAGAAGGGGAUAAUUCAUUAGAGAAACUUCCAGAAGAUAAUGGUCCUUCUGUAUUAGAAGAUCCAUCAGGUAAUUCUGAGCUUCCAUCUCGUUCAGCGUCCGCAUCCCAUCUCAGUGGCAGUAAAUCUGAAUCCCAGAUACGAAGUGCAGAAGCAAUAGAUGAAUUGAACCAUAAUCAUGGGUUGAAUACACCAAACGGUGGCAGCAUGGAUGUAAUUACCAAUGAAACACCACCCGUUGAAGCUCACGAGAGCCAAGUUAUUCACCCUGGCAUGAACGGAUUGAAUGGGAAACAUGUCCUCCAACCUGCCCCGGACAAUUGCUCGAACGCAGAAAAUCAGAAGCAUGUUAGUCCAGCAACACCAGAAUCUAGAGACGAGACUAUAGAACAGAAAGUAGAACUAGACUCAUCAACUCAGCAGCAGAAAACGGAAUUUCACCAACCUGGCCUUUAA